AACCACCAACCCCAACACUUGCAUUUCUUUCUAACUCGACCACUCCGAGACUGAGUACGUUACUCCGAGACUCAGAGUACGUUAUUCGAGAGAAUCUGUUCAGAGAUGGCGACAAGCUUCGCAACCGCUUCCACCGUCGUUGGCCUCGGAAGCUCACUCUCAAAGACGGCAUGCCUCUCUUCUGACUUUGUGAAGCCAGUCAUGGUUAGGAGCCCGCUGAGGCAAGCACAAGCUUCUCGAAGAAAGUUCACCUGCUUCCAGAGUGAUUGGCUGAGGAGGGAUCUGAAUGUGAUCGGGUUCGGGUUGAUCGGAUGGUUGGUGCCAUCCAGCGUUCCGGCGAUCGACGGCAAGAGUUUGACCGGGCUCUUCUUUGACAGCAUUGGAACCGAGCUUGCUCACUUCCCCACACCUCCAGCUCUCACCUCCCAGUUCUGGUUGUGGUUGAUCUGCUGGCACUUGGGGCUCUUCAUCACCCUUACCUUUGGGCAGAUCGGUUUCAAGGGAAGGACUGACAAGUACUUUUGAAUUUGAUCCUUUUUAAUUUGGUGCAUGUAAAAUCUUUGUUUGAUGCCAAUUAUCUUAAUUUCUCCAACUCUCUUCUCCACUUAAUGGCUAAACUUAUUAUUUCUUGCACUAUAUGUACUCUAUGUAAAUGAUCAAGGGUUAAUUAUACUCGAAAGUAUCCGUAUAAUAUAUCGUGGUAAUAUUUUUUAAGUUACAAAAUGCUAAU